CAGCCAUGGAAGAGUUAAUAGUUGAGCUGCGCCUGUUUCUUGAACUUCUGGACCAUGAAUAUCUAACUUCCACUGUCAGGGAGAAGAAGGCAGUAAUAACUAACAUUCUCCUGAGGAUACAGUCAUCAAAAGGUUUUGAAAUAAAAGAACAUGUACAGAAGCAAGAAGUUGCCAACAGUUUGCCGGCGCCUCCUCAAAUGCCUCUGCCAGAAAUACCUCAGCAGUGGCUGCCACCAGAUAAUGGACCUCCACCAUUACCAACAUCUUCCCUUCCUGAAGGCUAUUAUGAAGAGGCAGUGCCUCUUAGUCCUGGAAAGGCUCCCGAGUACAUCACUUCCAAUUAUGACUCGGAUGCUAUGAGCAGCUCUUACGAAUCCUACGAUGAAGAGGAGGAGGAUGGAAAGGGGAAGAAAAUGAGACAUCAGUGGCCUUCUGAGGAGGCCUCUAUGGAUCUGGUGAAGGAUGCCAAAAUCUGUGCCUUCCUCCUUAGAAAGAAACGAUUUGGGCAAUGGACCAAACUACUGUGUGUUAUCAAAGAAAACAAACUACUGUGUUACAAAAGUUCCAAGGACCAGCAGCCCCAGAUGGAGCUGCUCCUGAAUGACUGCAGUAUCACGUACAUUCCCAAAGACAGCAAAAAGAAGAAGCACGAGCUGAAAAUCUCGCACCAAGGAGCAGAUGCCCUUGUCCUGGCAGUACAGAGCAAAGAGCAGGCAGAGCAGUGGCUAAAGGUUAUAAAAGAUGUGUGCAGCAACUGUACGGGAGCGGUAGACUCGGAUGGGCCAUUGUCUAGUUCUCCAGUGCACAAGACAGAGCUGGAAAAGAAGCUGUCAUCUGAGAGGCCAAGCUCAGAUGGGGAGGGUGCUGUGGAAAAUGGCAUCACUACAGCAUGCAAUGGAAAAGAACAAGUGAAGAGGAAAAAAAGUUCAAAAUCAGAAGCCAAGGGCACUGUGACUAAAGUAACAGGGAAAAAAAUAACGAAGAUCAUUGGUUUAGGAAAGAAAAAGCCAUCAACAGAUGAACAGACCUCAUCAGCUGAAGAAGAUGUUCCAACAUGUGGAUAUCUCAACGUGCUCUCAAAUAACCGUUGGCGUGAGCGCUGGUGCAGAGUGAAAGACAAUAAACUCAUUUUCCACAAGGACAGGACAGAUUUGAAGACGCACAUUGUUUCUAUCCCUCUCCGUGGCUGCGAAGUGAUCCCGGGACUGGAUUCAAAGCAUCCUCUGACCUUCCGCCUGCUCCGAAAUGGGCAGGAGGUUGCUGUGCUUGAGGCAUCCUCCUCUGAAGACAUGGGCAGAUGGAUAGGAAUUUUGCUGGCGGAAACGGGGUCUUCGACAGACCCUGGAGCUCUGCACUAUGACUACAUUGACGUGGAAAUGACGGCAAGCGUCAUCCAGGCUGCCAAACAGACUUUCUGUUUUAUGAACAGGCGAGUUAUAUCUACAAAUCCGUAUCGGGGAAGCACUGCCAAUGGCUACGCCUGUCCGAGUGGAAUGGCACUUCAUUACGAUGAUGUUCCCUGCAUAAAUGGAUCGUGGGAACCAGAAGAUGGCUUUCCUUCUUCUCGUAGCAGGAACAUUGGAGAAGAAAUGCUUUAUGAUAACACAGGCCUGUACGAUAACUUGCCGUCUCCAAAAAUCUUUGCGCGCUAUCCACCAGCUGACAGAAAACCCAAUAGGUUAUCUACUGACAAACUCUCCUCUAACCAUUACAAAUACCCUGUCUCAUCCAAUCUGUCUUCUGCUCAGUCUGUCACUAAUACCUCUGCUGUGGGGAGGGGAUCUGGCUCACAGUUUAAAGGCAAGAAGCCUCCUGCAACUGCUAAUGGGAUCACCGGAAAAGGGAGAACUUUAAAUAGCCAGCCGAAGAAAUCUGAAUCAGUGUCAUGUGUGAAGCGCACUGCGUCCAAUGCAGAGCAGUACAAAUAUGGCAAGAAUCGUGUGGAGGCCGAUGCAAAGAGGUUACAAAGCAAAGAGGAGGAACUGCUAAAGAGGAAAGAAGCCCUCCGGAAUAGGCUGGCCCAGCUCCGAAAAGAAAGAAAAGAUCUACGUGCUGCUAUUGAAGUCAAUGCUGGCAGGAAAACCCAAGUGAUUCUUGAAGAUAAGUUAAAGAAGUUGGAAGAGGAGUGUAAGCAGAAGGAGGCUGAGCGUGUAAACCUGGAGCUAGAACUGACCGAGGUGAAGGAGAGCCUUAAGAAAGCCUUGGCUGGUGGCAUCACACUGGGCUUGGCUAUUGAGCCCAAGUCAGGAACAUCAAGCCCACAGUCUCCAAUUUUCAAGCACCGAACUUUGGAAAACUCUCCAAUCUCCAGCUGUGAUACCAGUGAUACUGAAUGCUCAAUACCUGUGAACAGUGCAGCAGCUCUGAAGCGACCUCCCUCGACAAAUAAUUCUCCAUGUCGAGGCCACGUCCUUCGAAAAGCGAAGGAAUGGGAGAUGAAAAAUGGAACAUAAAUACAGCAAAACCACUCACUUUCCGUAAAAGCCUUACCUAUUAUGGACCAAGACGUAGGCUGCAAAAGACUCAUCUGAAAGGUGGUAUCAAGCGAUACAACAUAAGAGGUUUAAUAAUUCUCUUAAGUUAAUGGUAGCUUGGCGCUAAUUUGCCUGUAUUCCCUCUACUGUAUUGCUGUGUAACUACGUGUGCCCCUUUUUAUUAGCUGUAACUCUUUAUUUCCAACUUCACUGGUAAAGAAAAUGAAAACCAAAAAAACCAAACCAACCAUAGUAAUUAAAAAGGAGCAUAAAGUAGCAGUUGAAAGUUUACUUUGCUGAAACAGCAUAGACCAGCAACGUUAACUAUAUCGCAUCAGAUGGCCUGAACACCACUGAAGACUGGUGUGAAAUCAUUAUGGAUAAGAAGUACUCAUACAGGUUAAAACUGACUUUGCGACAUCUGCCACAGAGGUGGCUGAGCAAAGU